CACCCCAUUCUCACUACCAGUUCACUCCACUACUCACGAGUAAAAAUGCGUGAAGUCAUCUCCGUACACGUCGGUCAAGCCGGUGUCCAGAUCGGCAAUGCCUGCUGGGAGCUUUACACCGUCGAACACGGUCUUAGUCCCGAUGGUCGUCUUAUCGAGGGCUCACCAUCUACUAACGAUGAUGGUUUCAGCACUUUCUUCUCGGAAACGUCUUCUGGCAAGCACGUUCCGCGGUCGCUCUACAUCGAUCUUGAGCCGAACGUCGUGGACGAAGUGAGGACGGGCACGUACCGGAGCCUUUUCCACCCCGAGACCCUUGUCACUGGCAAAGAGGAUGCGGCAAGCAACUACGCUCGUGGCCACUACACCAUUGGCAAAGAACAGAUCGAUGUUGUUAUGGACAAGGUUCGCCGCCUCGCUGACAACUGCAAUGGUCUCCAAGGUUUCUUUGUCUUCCAUUCCUUUGGUGGCGGUACCGGCUCUGGUUUCGGUGCGCUCAUUCUUGAGCGUCUGUCCACGGACUAUGGCAAGAAGUCCAAGCUUGAGUUUAGCGUGUACCCCGCUCCGACUAUGGCCAACUCUGUUGUCGAGCCCUACAACUCUGUCCUCACCACCCACACCACCCUUGAGCAUUCUGAUUGCUCAUUCAUGGUUGACAACGAAGCCAUCUAUGACAUUUGCAAGCGCAACCUGAACAUCACCUCCCCAGGUUUCACCAACCUUAACCGUCUGAUUGCUCAGGUCGUUUCGUCUAUCACGGCAUCUCUGCGUUUUGAUGGUUCCUUGAACGUUGAUCUCAACGAGUUCCAAACCAACUUGGUUCCCUUCCCCCGCAUCCACUUCCCUCUUGCUACUUUCGCUCCCAUCAUCUCUGCUGAGAAGGCCCACCAUGAACAGAACUCUGUUGCCGACAUGACCUUCUCUUGCUUUGAGACCGGUAACCAGAUGGUCAAGUGUGACCCCAGGGAGGGCAAGUACAUGGCUUGUGCCCUUCUGUACCGCGGUGAUGUUGUCCCCAAGGAUGUUAACGCUGCUGUUGGUAUCAUCAAGACCAAGCGCACCAUCCAAUUCGUUGAUUGGUGCCCUACCGGUUUCAAACUCGGUAUCUGCAACGAGCCGCCCGCUCACAUUCCUGGCGGUGACCUUGCAAAGGUGUCCCGCAGCAUGUGCAUGCUGUCCAACACCACUGCCAUCUCAUCCGCGUGGAGCCGUCUUGACCACAAGUUUGAUCUGCUUUACUCGAAGCGUGCGUUCGUGCACUGGUACGUUGGUGAAGGUAUGGAAGAGGGGGAGUUCUCUGAGGCUCGCGAGGAUCUUGCUGCCCUUGAGAAGGAUUACGAGGAAGUUGGCAUCGACUCUGCUGAUGUGGAGGAGGCUGGAGAAUACUGAGAUGCAUUUUUGGUUUUAAAUUUCUCUGGUUCGCGAAGUCUGCCUUUUUCCUUAUCAAAUAUACCACAUUGAUGUCCCUGCGUUGAUAGCACUCAUCCUUUACGUCUUUCUUUGAUUCACGGAACCAUGUUAUUUUCCUAUAAUUUUACAUUUGCCAUUGAUGUCCCCGUGCUCGUUAUGGAAUGAAUUUUGAGUGGCC